GAGCGGUGUGUUGUUGUCAGUGGCGGUACGCGACGGGUGCGGAGCGCGCGGUGACGGCGACGGGCGUGGUGCUGUCGUGGCUGAGCUCGUGCGCGCUGGUGGCGGCCGUGCUGGUCUACGGGGAGCUCACCUCGCUGUUCGUGCAGCGGCACCGCGCCGCGCCCACCACGCCGCACGCACACAUCCUCGGACUCUUCGGGGGCGGCAGGCAACUGCCGACAGGCAACCGCUCGCUGCAUAUGGACGCGCUGGUGGAAGACUCUGUGGCGUUCGGCCUGGCGAGCUUGGCCAUCAUGGCCGCGCAGCUCCUCAGCGCCGCCUCUGCCGUCACGCUUGCCAACUGGGCCGCUGCCAGGAUGGUGUCUCGUGUGCGCAUGCGCCUGCUGCGCUCCGUCAUCAGCCAGGAGCUCGCCUUCUUCGACACCAACACCACCAUGAACUUCGCCUCCACGCUCACUGAAGACAUAGAGAAGCUGCGCCAGGGAGUAGGCGAGCACGUGGUGAUGACGUCUUACCUGGCCGGGUCGGUGGUGUGCGGCGGCGGGCUAGCACUCGCGUACGGUUGGGAGCUCACGCUGGCCGGCUUGAGCGUGGUGCCAGUGUCUAUAGUGGUCGCCGCGGUGGUCGCUAAGUAUCAAACGAAGUGUUCAGCGCACGAAGUGGUGGCGUACGGGGCGGCGGGCCGCGUCGUGGAGGAGGUGCUCUCCGCCAUUAGGACGGUCCGGGCAUAUGCCGGUGAGGAGCUGGAGGUCAAACGGUACUCGGAGGCGCUGGGCCCGGCGGCGGCGAUGGCGCGGCGGCGCGGGCUGUGGGCGGGCGCGGGCGCGGGGCUCGGCUGGCUGCUCACCUACUCGCUCAACGCGAUCGUGUUCGCGUACGGCGCGGUGCUGUGCGUGCGCGACAUGGAUCUGCCGCCCGACCAGCAGCAGUACCACCCCGGGGUCAUGGUCACGGUGCUGUUCUGCACGUUCAUGUCAGCUCAGAACAUCACCAUGUGCCACCCGCACCUGGAAGUGUUUUCGGCGGCGCGCGGCGCGGCUCGCCCACUGUUCAAACUAUUACGCCGCGUCUCUGCCAUCGACGCGCUGAAUAGUACCGGCGACAAGCCGCGCUUCCAAGGGGACAUACUCUUCGAUAACAUAUACUUCAACUACCCCAGCCGGGCAGACGUUAAGGUACUGCGUGGUCUAACGCUGCAAGUAUCGCCCGGAGAGACAGUGGCCCUGGUUGGAGGCUCCGGUUGCGGAAAGUCUACUCUCCUGCAAUUAGCGCAGCGGCUGUACUCUCCCGACAGCGGACGCGUGCUCGUCGACGGUCGCCCACUGGAAUCGUUGCAUCUGCAUCACUAUAGACGCAGUAUAGGUGUGGUGGGCCAGGAGCCGGUGUUGUUCGCGGGCACUAUCCGCGAGAACAUUGCGUUCGGUAUGGAUGGUGUAAGCGAGGAUGAGAUCAUCGCGGCUGCCAAGACUGCGCACGCGCAUCAGUUUAUCACCAAACUUGUCAACGGCUACGACACGGUGCUGGGCGAGCGCGGCGCGUCGCUGUCGGGCGGACAGAAGCAGCGCAUCGCCAUCGCGCGCGCCGUCAUCCGCCGCCCCGCCAUCCUGCUGCUGGACGAGCCCACCUCCGCGCUGGACCCCACCGCCGAGAGACAGGUGCAAGCAGCUCUGGACGCCGCCAGCGUCGGUCGCACCACGCUAGUCGUCUCGCACAGACUAUCGACGGUGGUGAACGCGACGCGCAUCGUGUACAUGGAGCAGGGCGCGGUGCUGGAGCAGGGCUCGCACGACGAGCUGCUCGCCAAGAAGGGACUGUACUGGAAGCUCGUCAAUGACGACCUCACUAACAAAAGUAUAGCGACAACACUAUCGACGGAAAGCACCGAGGAGGAAGAGGUGCUGGAGCCGGCGGAGGAGCCGCGGGAGGAGCCCCCCGCCAGCAGACUGCGCCGCUCCUACAGCAGGGAGUCCACGCGCCUGCGAGAGUCAAUCAUCCGGUCGAGUCGCCGGCUGGGCUCCGUGUCGUCCGCUCACAUCGCCGUGCCCCCAGACCUUCUCACCUAUGCUGAACCCGAGGAGACCCCGGAGGAGCAGGCCGAACCCGAGGUGUCGACCCUGGCGCUACUGCGGCUCAACCAGCCCGAGUGGCCGCUGUUGCUGGGCGGAGGGAUCGCCUCCUUCCUCGUCGGAGCGACCAUGCCUAUUUUCGCAUUGCUGUUCUCGAAGCUAUACGGGAUGUUCGCGCUGGAGGAUGGCGCGUUGAUUGUGGCGCAGUCGCGCGUGUACGCAGGCGCGUUCGCGGGCGCGGCGGCGGCGUGCGCGCUGGUCACGUUCCUGCAGACGCGACUCUUCAACCUCGCCGGCGCGCGCCUCACCGACCGCCUCCGAGUACAAACCUUCGGCAACUUCCUGCGACAGGAGCAAGGCUGGUUCGACCAGCCCAACAACUCGGUGGGCGCACUGUGUGCCCGACUCGCGACCGACUGCGCCGCCGUGCAGGGAGCCACUGGUACUCGUCUGGGUACGGUGCUACAGGGCGUCAGCACGAUGGUCAUCGGAGUGAGCCUCGCCAUGGCCUACUCCUGGAAGAUGACGCUCGUCAGUCUGCUCAGCGUGCCUUGCGUGAUAGGCGGCAUCUACCUGGAGGGGUACAUCAACAAGCGCACGGAGGUGAAGGAGCGGCGCUCGCUGGAGACCGCCGCGAGGCUCGCCACCGAGGCCGUCAUCAACAUCAGGACCGUGCAAAGUCUAGGCGUGGAGCAGACAAUCCUGUCGCGGUACUCGCGCGCGCUGGAGGAGGCGGUGCAGAGCGGCGCGUGGUCACGGCGCGUGCGCGGCGCCGUGUACGGACUGUGUCUGUGCGCGCCCACGCUCGGGUACGCCGUGUCGCUCGCCUACGGCGGAUACCUCAUCGCCAGGGACGACCUGCAGUAUGAAUACGCCAUAUUGGUGUCGGAGGCGCUGAUCUAUGGCGCGUGGAUGUUGGCCGAGGCGCUGUCGUUCGCGCCGAACUUCGCUGCGGCGCGGCGCUCCGGCGCGCGCAUCAUCAACGCGCUCGCGCGCAAACCGCUCAUCGACACCGAGCCCACCGCACACGACGACCCGGGAUGGUCAGCCACAGGCGCGGUGCAGUUCUCGGAGGUACAGUUCAGCUACCCGACGCGUCCGGGCGCGCCGGUGCUGCGCGGCCUGAGCCUCGGCCUGGAGCCGGGCCGCACGGUAGCGCUGGUCGGCGCCAGCGGCUGCGGCAAGUCCACGCUCAUGCACCUGCUCAUGAGGAACUACGAGCCGCAGGCCGGCACCGUGACACUGGACGGACGCGACAUCAAGCGGGCGGUGCCGCUGCAGCGCCUGCGCGCACAGCUGGGGCUGGUGCAGCAGGAGCCCGCGCUGUUCGAGCGCUCCAUCCGCGACAACAUCGCCUACGGGGACAACGCGCGUAGCGUCUCGCUCGACGAGGUCAUCGCGGCCGCCAAACAGGCCAACGUGCACGGGUUCGUCGCCGGACUACCGCUGGGCUACGACACCCGGCUGGGUCAGGGCGGCGCGUCGCUGUCGGGCGGUCAAAAGCAGCGCAUCGCCAUCGCGCGCGCCCUCGUGCGGGACCCGCGCGUGCUGCUGCUCGACGAGGCCACCUCCGCGCUAGACGCCGCUAGCGAGAAGGUGGUGCAGGCGGCGCUGGAGGAGGCGUCCAAGGGCCGCACCACCAUCAUCAUCGCGCACCGGCUCGCCACCGUGCGCCACGCCGACACCAUCUGCGUGCUCGACAAGGGCGUGGUGGCGGAGAGCGGGUCGCACGAGGAGCUGGUGCGGCGGCGCGGCCUGUACUGGGAGCUGCUGCAGCAGCAGGCGCCCGCCGAGCGCUGAGCCCCGCGCCGACGCGACGCGACUCGACCUCGGCCGCGGGUCGCUUGCUUUAUACACUACGGCUAAAGUCACAGAGGCUGUUCUAAACGCAGACUUAUUUAAUGACUCGCAAAAUUCUAUCAAAGUACUUAUAACAAAAAAUAUUAAAAUAUAAGUAAAUAUACUUCCUAAUUAUCUCUGUCAUAAAAAAGAGCAGUCUCUCACUUUUAGUACAAAUACAGGCAAAUAUGUGCCUUAAUAUAACGUGCCUUGUAAAAUAUACUUAAUUAAAAUAAGUGAAGUAAAUAUUGUAGUGUAGUGUAAAGAGUGAGCUUUGCAUCUCUUGCCAAAUCGAUAUUACAAAUAAUUUAUCGAAUUUAAAUUAAAAUCGUUUAGCGUUAAGAUGAAUGUUCAACUAGACUAUAGUGUUAACAACUUAUUGUCCAUGUUUGACCAUAGAUUAAAUAAUUGUAUAAUUCAACACACGAAUUAGUUAUGAACCUGUUCCGAUUUUUAAUGUUAUUAGGUACCCGUAAUAUUUUUGAAUCGUAACUUGAUUCUCUAUAUUUUUCUUUACAUUACGUACGAAAAAUGUAUUUGUUAUUCAAACGAAUAAUAAUUCGCUUACAAACAAAAGCAGUUAAACUACUUAUAUAUUUUUAGAAAAAUAUUGAGUCUCGAAUAAAAAUAAAUCGGUAAGUUAAGGUCAAAAAGUGCUACUCGACUAUUAGUAUAAGUACUUCCACAUGUUGGCUCCGGGGUCACUCGGGCCGUUCUAUGACUGUGAUUGUUAAAUUAUUCUAAAUAUUUAAGAUUAGUGUAAGACGUCGUAUUUAUAACACUUUUGACCAAAAAAUAAUUAUUGUGUAGGUAAAGUUUUUGGUUCGAUGUUAAUAUUUCGACCCAACGGAAACAAGCUAUUAAUCGGUAAUCCAGUAGAGCGAGUGUCGAUGUUGGCAACACUCGGCCGUACAAACACAUUUACUUGCAUUUAUUGCUCAGAUUACCGUUUGUUAGUAUUUUCCGUUUUUUACAAUCAUGUUUAAAUAUUUAGGUACCGACGACCGACCGGACGUUGGAGCAAUAGGUCCAUAACAAACUUGUUCCAAUGAAAACUAAUUGUUUUAGUUAAAAGUGUAUUACAUAUAUGUAUAAAUAAGUAGAAUAAACAACCAUGUGAUAAUUAUAUAAUAAAACAAAAUUUUAGCUUUA